GUUUGCUAGCUUUUAAUACAAUUAUAGUGAAGUUUGUAUUCAGCUGACGGUCACAGAUACGUAACAUCGGUCGAGGUUAGUUUUAUUUAGCCUCUAAAUAUGAACAUCUACCUCUUUAUAGCGUUAGUUUUAGUUGCCUCGCGUCAGGCGAAAAGCUGGCCGGUUGGAAUCGAUAUUGUACAAAAUUUUAUCGUAAAUGAAACAAUGAAUGUUAAAGAAUUUUUCGAAGAACAAAAAAAUAAAGUGCAAAAAGCAUUCAAUGCGACAUACGAAGACGCGAUACGAGUGACGAAUAGAAUGACAAAUUACGUUGAUGCUCAACAGAAGAAAAUUAGUUCAGAUAUCAAUAAUUAUGUUGAAAGUGUCAAAGAAAGUGGUAGAAAAGUGACGGAUUCGUGGUCUUAUUUACCGACCGAGGAGCCUGGAGCUGUUAUGGAGAAUCCAGAUGUUGUUUUAUCGGUACCGGGGAUCAUCACGCGUCACGGCUACACGUGUGAAACACAUACGGUACUCUCUCAAGGUUAUCUGAUAAACGUUCAUAGAAUACCGUAUCCCAAAAGUGGCGGAAAGAUUUCAAGAAAGACUGUUCUUUUGCAUCACGGCUUGUUCGCUAGUUCUGCGGACUGGAUACUGAACGGACCUGAUAAAGCUCUUGGGUACGUCUUAGCUGACGCUGGUUAUGAUGUUUGGAUGACCAAUAUACGAGGGAAUAAGUACUCCAAGGAGCAUGUGACCUUGAAAAGCGAUUCAAAGUCGUUUUGGAAUUUUUCUUGGCAUGAUGUAGCCUUACACGACGUACCAGCUGUUAUAGAUUACAUAUUAAAGAAUAAAGGAGAAGGUACUACUAUAAAUUACAUAGGACACUCAAUGGGGACUACCAUAUUGUUUGCAAUGCUGACACUGAGACCAGAAUACAACGAGAUCUUAAAAUCUGGCAUAGCUCUAGCACCUGUGGCAUUUUUAACUGAUCUCAAGUCCCCAUUAAAAUCACUGGCGCCCAUAGCAAGUAACAUAGCUUAUAUGGAGAUGCUAUACGGUUCCCACGAAUUUAUUCCCAAGGACUCAGUGCUCGGUAAAAUGACAAGUUCGUGUGAUGCUGAUAGUGUGGAUUCAACUUUGUGUAAAAACGUUAUUUUCUAUAUCUGUGGUUAUAACGAAAAGCAGUUUGAUAAGAAUCUGUUGCCGGUGUUUCUAUCGAAUCUUGGUACUGGGACAUCUUGGAAGACAGCAGUCCAUUUCGCACAGGAAGUGAUGGCAGAUGGUGAAUUUCAGCAGUUCGAUUACGGAUCGAAAGAUAACCAAAAAGUCUAUGGCACAGACAAACCGCCUACUUACGAUCUUUCUAAGAUAUCUCUACAGAUAUCAUUAAUUUGGGCGGAAAAUGAUUUGCUAACAAGUGAAAAGGAUGUGAAAUUGCUUUAUGAAAAGCUACCGCCUACCACGAAAAUAUAUAAAGUUACAGAUCCAGAAUUUAAUCAUUUAGACUUCCUAUGGGCUAUUGACGCGCCUACGUUAGUUAACGAGGAAGUUAUUAGCACCUUAAAUAGAGUGUACUCGGAGUCCUAACUUCAACUUUUUAACUUAAAAGACUUCACUUAGAAAAUAAGAAAAAUAUGAGCCGUUACGUGACGACGACUGGCAGAUGUAAAACUUUUAAUCAACAUUUUUUUUUGUAUACAAAAAAUUAAUUAAAAAAUAUCCUUAAAAUCGUGACAACUGAAUUAUUAUAUAGUAUAGUAUACUACAUAUUAUUAUAUUCUAUCAUAAAGUGUUACGUGCGUUGGCACGGCCCGGCCUGUUAGGUUUACCCUCGCCUGUAGACGUAUCACAUCAAAAAACAAUUAUUUUUGUAUGUGAACAGUAACGUUUACAACAGCCGUGUUAUCGAUGGCCUUGUUAUCACAAUAUAUACAUACCAAAUAAUAGAUAAUAAAUAUAGAUAUAUAAACAUA